CAGAAACCUCCAAGGGAGAAUCCUAAAGAUUCGUGUCAUGAAACACACCGCAAUCUACCAAAGUAGGUAGCAUGUGCUCGAACAGUCCAAUGUCCUAUAAGUUUGCACGAAUUGGGUCAUCGCAUCGGGUUGAUAUCGAUACCUAGCAUGUGGCUGAGCAAGUUAUUUGCACUUGCUUACCUGUCAGCAAGCCUGCACUUCCCAACAUCAUGGACUCGCCAAAACGCGCUGGUUCUCCUUCUCCCGGCGCUUCGGACUCGAAGCGCAUGCGUAUAGACGAAGACCAAGGGGCACUCCCCGUUGACUUGGACAAUGCUGUCGGCAAGCGCAAUGAACUCGAGCCCCUUCCCAGCACCGAUAUCGCGAAUCUCCAGUCUGAAGAAUGGGCCAGUCGUCCAGAGAAUGGGGGACGCGUCAGGCAGCUCAAAACUGAAGGGGAUGAUGAAUAUAGUGGAGACGUCUCUAUGGGUGACGGCGGCGAUGACGAAGGCGACGACAAUGACGAUGAAGACGACGAAGACCCUGCCCAACUCGAAGCCACCCGCUUACGACUCGAAGAGCAGGCCCGCAAGUAUCUUGCCGCGCAGACACACGAGGUGAUUAUACCCUCGUUCUCUGCGUGGUUCGAUAUGUCGAAAAUCCAUCCCGUCGAGCGGCGCGCUUUGCCCGAGUUCUUCAAUUCGCGAAACCGCUCGAAAACGCCCGCCAUAUACAAAGACUACCGCGACUUCAUGAUCAACACAUAUAGACUGCGUCCUGUGGAGUACCUCACAGUCACCGCCUGCCGUCGAAAUCUUGCCGGCGACGUGUGCGCCAUCAUGCGUGUUCAUGCAUUCUUAGAGCAAUGGGGACUAAUCAAUUAUCAAAUCGACCCAGACUCUCGGCCGGCUGCCCUGGCACCACCAUUCACGGGCCAUUUCCGCGUCAUCCUCGACACACCACGCGGUCUGCAGUCUCUGCAUCCCGGCACACGUCCUGCUAAUCCCGGAGCUGCUGCUGUGAAUGGUGCCAAGAAGCCAGCGGCGACCCCAGCAUCGUUGGAGCUGCGUUCGAGCAUCUACCAGACCUCGAACAAAUCUGCACGGUCCAUCGACGCAGCCGAAGCCGAAAACCUUGCAAAUGGGGCGAGCUCUACGCAAGGACCGGCCACGGGUCUGUAUUCUUGCGACACCUGUGGCUCAGACUGCACGCAAACACGCUAUCAUUCGCUCAAGGACAAAAAAUUCUCGCUCUGUUCGCCUUGCUAUCUGGACGGCCGUUUCCCAUCGCAUAUGUUCAGCGGCGACUUUGUGAAGCUUAGUGCGGCUACACCAGGAGCUUCAGAUGACUGGACGGACGCAGAGGUGCUCCUUCUGCUUGAGGCAGUGGAAAUGUACGAUGAUGAUUGGGGCCGGGUCGAAGAGUAUGUUGGGAGCCGGAAUGCACAAGCCUGCGUGCGCAAAUUCCUUUCUCUGCCCAUCGAGGACCCGUAUCUGGCCACGGAAGCGUCGAUGGGUCCAUUGCGGCAUGGGCGGAUUCCCUUCGAACAGGCGGACAAUCCUGUGAUGAGUGUCGUGGCGUUUCUGGCGGGAGUCGUCGCCCCUGGUGUGGCUGCGGAGGGUGCCAAGACUGCUCUGCAGCAUCUGACGAGUGUGGGCGAUGAAGACUCCAAGACGGACUCCAUUGACGCGCCGAUUGUGACUGGUGGCAAACGCGCUGUGCCGCAUUCACAGGCUGUGCGCGCGGCAGAACUGGCUCUCAAGUCGUCCGGCAAGGCUGCCGCUGCCCUUGCCGACGCUGAAGAAACCCAGAUUCGGUCGUCACUAGCGAACCUGAUCAAAUUGACAUUGACAAAGCUGGAGGUCAAGAUGAAUCAAUUCGAGGAGCUCGAGUCCAUCCUCGAGGAGGAGCGGAGAGGCCUGGAAAGUGCGCGUUUGGCCCUGGUCCAGGAACGAGUUGGAAUUCGCAAAGUCAUCGAUGAUGCGAAAGCUGAGAUCGCCCGUCAUAACGCCCAAGGCCAGCCCGUCCAAGGUGCGAUGUCAGCGAUGCAGAUGAUGGCCGUACCUGGAGCGAUGGGAACCACUAAUCAAGGCCCCCUCGCCUUUGGCAUCGCACCUGGCGUGCCUUUCGACGGCUCAGGCGGGCCCGUCCCCGAUGGCAAUAUUCUGCAUUUGGCAUGA